AUGACAGAUGUUUACAGCUAUGGGAUUGUACUGAUUGAGACAUUUACCAAAAAGAAGCCAACAUCUGAUAUAUUUGACGGAGAGUUCACUAUGAGGAGAUGGGUGUUUGAAUCAUUCCCAAAUACAAUAACGCAGAUUGUCGAUAUUGAUCUAGUGAAUAGAGUUGAAGAAAAUGUUCAAGCUAAAGAGAGCUUCUUCAAAUCAAUCAUGGGACUAGCACUAGAAUGCACGGAGGAAUUACCCGAGGAGAGGCCCAAUAUGAAAGAUGUUCUAAUCAGGCUCAAGAAGAUCAGAAAUGAAUAUUUCAAAAGCAUAUCCUAG